CGACACCUUCGACUCUCAACUUCCGUCAAGGGAGGGGAGGUGGUCUAUGCGAUCGGCUGCCGCCAUUAGUGCAGAGUCUCCUAGCGUGUGUGUGCUAUUAGCAUUGACAGUUGAUGUAACUUUCGGAAGGAGUUUUGUUCGCAUUUUUCACACUGCAGUCAAGCUGAGAGAUGGCGGACACAAGCCAGUCCGAAUUGGUCACCACCACCGUGGUCACGGAGCACACCAAUGGCAUCGAAGAAGAAGAGGACAAGGCCAAGAUGAGGCCAGCAGACAUUGACGCUGACGUGAAAGAAAUGGAGCGUCGCAAACGCGUGGAGGCGAUCAUGAACUCGCGGCUGUUCCGCGAAGAGCUGGAGCGCAUCAUCGAGGUGCAGAUGCGCGACGGCGGAGGCGGCACCGGCGGCCUCAUGCAACAGAUCUCGGACAUCAUCGGUGCCUCCAGUUCCAGGGGCAUGGGCGCAGGGCCGCGCCACUGCGUGCUGCCCAUCAAUGACAUCCGCGGCGUUGAGAGCAUGGCCUACGCCAAGGGCGAAAAACUGCUCCGCUGCAAGGUGGCUGCUAUUUACCGGUUGCUCGACCUGUACGGCUGGACGCAGGGCAUCAGUGGACACAUCACGGCCAGACUCAACCAGGACCAGGAGCUUUUCCUAGUGAACGCUCACGGUCUGCUUUUCCAUGAAGUCACUGCUUCGAGCCUUGUUAAGGUUGACAUGCAAGGCGUCAUCAUCGAGGCAGGAACCACAAAUUUUGGCGUGAAUGUGUCCAGCUUCAUGCUCCACUCAGCUAUUCAUGCAGCUCGCCCCGACCUAAAAUGCGUCGUCCAUGUCCACACUCCUGCUGUGCUGGCCGUCUCGUGCCUAAAGUGCGGCCUGUUGCCUCUCUGCCAGGAGUCGGUGGUCAUUGGUGAGGUCAGCCAACACCCAUACACUGGAGGCUCUCUUGAAGCCGAGGAGCGUGACAAAAUCGCCAGAAACUUGGGCCCCAUUAACAAAGUUAUGUUCCUGACCAAUCACGGUGCAGUCUGCUGCGGCGAGUCCAUCGAGGAGGCCUUUUACAACGUCUACAACACGGUGCUGGCUUGUGAAACCCAGCUGAAACUAAUGCCUGCCGGCAUUGAAAACUUGGCUAUUUUGAGCGAGGAAACUCGCAAACAACUCUACGAUGCUGCUCAUGGUGCUGAUGUCAAGCAACAAGAUGGUGCUGGAAGGAAGGAGAGGCGAAUGAAGGUCGGCGAUGUUGAAUUUGAGGCUCUAAUGAGGAUGCUUGAUAAUUCCGGCUUCCGAACUGGCUACCUGUACCGCCAACCUCUGAUUAAGAAUGAGCCGCCCAGACCUAGAAAUGACAUUGAAGUCCCACCAGCAGUAUCCUCUCUUGGAUUCCUACUCGAGGAGGAAGAGCUCUAUCGCCAAGGCUACCGCCGGUCCGGCAAAGGCACAGACCGCACGAGAUGGCUGAACUCGCCCAACGUGUAUCAAAAGGUGGAAAUUCUGGAGACGGGCACACCUGACCCCAAGAAAAUCACCAAGUGGGUGGAUGUGAGCAAUGAUGAGUGGGUUGCUGAAAACUCACCGACUCACUCGAGUACGCCCGUGAGAAUCGAAGGUGCACUUCAAUUCGUGCCGAAGAACACUAAUCCCAAGGAAUUCAAGAAACUUCAACAACAGAUCAAAGACAACAGGAGAGCCGACAAAAUCUCCGCUGGACCUCAAUCGCACAUAUUAGAGGGUGUCUCGUGGGAAGAGGCUAAGAAGCUACAGGAAGCCAAUGCCGCCGCCCAGACCAAUGACCAGGUUAUUCUCGUGGGAGCAGCCUCCAAGGGCAUCAUUCAGCGAGGCUUCCAGCACAAUGCCAUGGUGUACAAAACGCCAUACGCCAAGAAUCCAUUCGAUCAGAUUUCGGAUGCGGAAAUCGAGAAGUACAAGAAGGACGUGGAGAGGAAACAGAGGGGAGAGUCUUGUGAUGAGGAUGCCUCCGAAAGUGAGCCUUUGUCUGCACUGGACUCAAAGGGCCGCCGAUUCCGUUCACCAACGUCACCUUUGUCUCCUGCUUCGGAGACAGAGGAAGAGAGUCGUGACGGCCACCAGGUGCUGAGGAUUGAGACAAAGCAGGUGCCGCGAGCUUCUAAGGCGGAGGUGGUGUUGAGUGAUGGAGACACAGCUGGCGCCGUCCUGGUGCUCACUAAGAGGCAGACGAUGCCCGUCAUGACUAUGAGAAGUGUUACUAGAACCUUGUCUGCACGAUUUUCCCUUCAAGGAGAGAACACGGUUAACGGAGAUGACGCCAACCAGUCCACAUUCUCAGAGGGCUCUCCUACCAAGGACAUGUCAGAGGAAUCGCCCAAGAAGGACAAGAAGAAGAAGAAGGGCCUGCGCACCCCAUCCUUCCUCAAAAAGAAGCAGAAAAAGAAGGCCGAGAAGUCGGCUGAGUAAAUAUACAAUUUCAAAUUCAGCAUUUGGUUUCUGACCAUCGUCAGUCAGCAUCACUGUGCAUGAACAUUCUCUUUCCUUUCAUCAACAGACAAAAUUCUUGUUGUGGUCGCUAAAUUAUUUAUUGAAUCAUAUUGUGUGUGUGAAGUUUUCAUAGUUUACCCCGAGGAAAAAAAACAAAAGUUGACAAUUAACUUGUUACGCGUAUAUUUUUGACAAUUUAAAUUUAUGAUCGGUCCAGUCAUUUUAAAUUUACAAAACUUAAUAUUAUUUAUCCUAAAAAGGAGAUGAUAUGCUACAACUACCCAAUGAAAUUGACGGAAACUCAAAAAGAAUUAAAUUUGUGGGCAACUAGUUGGUUGGGCGGGGGCCAAAAUGGUCCCGCUGCUUGUGUCCGACCAACCAACCAAUGACAUGCAAUGCACAGCUAUGUGUCACGGGGGUGCACUACACCGAUCGCCGCAAUUCGCUCUAUGUUCAGCACCAUGUGCAUUUCUCUUAAAUGGCCCUGCCUGCACAAUUGAAUUCUCCUGUACGAGGCCACUGUGGAACAAAUUCAUUGACCUGGUGCUGCUGGUGUGCUGCUGCAAAAUGUUGCAAAAUUGAACGGUGCAUGGCUGACCACUUUUUGUGGCUUGUAAGCUCACCACCCUGUUGCUAGGAAUGGCCCUCGUUUGGCCUGAUUGAUGGCUUUUAACAAUAUUAUUUGACGAAGUGAUAUUAAUCUGAGGGCCCGUCUCAUGGAUGCCGCUGCAUUUCUAGUGUUUUACCUUUGGUCCCUCAUCUUGACCGUGCUUAUUGAUUACUAAAUAUUUUUACACCACGGUGUCCAGAGAUUUUUUACAUACUGUUCGUGUAAUAAAUUGGAAUGCAGAUAUGAACGAUUAAGGGAAAAAAGCACCAUUACUUUUUUUUUAUUCUAUCGCUUGUUUUUUUGAUUAUUAAGUUAUUGUGUAAGAGCCCCUCUUGUGUGCCUAUCAUGGUCUGCUUGUGGUAGCACUCAAAUGUAAUUUGGAAUGUGAUGAUUUUUUUGUGGAGGUCAUCGUGUAUUUUUAAGAACUAUGAAUCAAUGAAUAAUUAAUUACACACAUAAUAGCUUGUAGGAAAUAUAUAUGAAAAAAAAAUGAAAGAAUUAUGCUGCUGCACCAUGAACCAUGAUUUUAAAAAAAAUACUAGACUGUAGCUUUCUCUUCAAAUAUUUUUUUGAAAGCUCUCAGCGUAUGUAGAAUUUUUAAGUUUUUUAUCCUAGAACACACAGUUAUUACAUAAAUGAUUAACUUUUAUUGUCUAAGUGCUUGUGAAUCAGCUGUAAAAUUGUAGUAAGGAGAUUAUAAAAUUAUCCAAGCAAA